CUUGGAAAGUUUCCCGGCGACGGCAGUUGUGAGGAGCGUCCACUCGGUUGAUGCGGCCUCGUGCGGAGGGAGCAUGCCGCAGCACCGCGAAAAUCGAGUCCGGCACGCGGACGAGCACGCGGCGCAGUACCCCGCCCUUGCAGCCGCGAUGGAGUUGUGCUGCGUGCCGACGGGCUGUCACUUGGACGAGCCGAUGCGCGUGGACAGCGCCGUCAAGGUGAUCUGCAACAACGAGCAUUGCCCGCAGAGUCAGCUGAUGCACAGGGCCUGCUUCGAGGAGUGGGAGAGCGCGGUGCUGUCCUUCCUGCGCUCCACCGGGCGCGCGCGAUCUUGGAGCGAGAAGCAGCGGCUGCAGAACCUGUGGACCAAGAAAGGCUACGACUUGGCCUACAAGGCGUGCGGCUGCCGCUGCGGCAAGGGACACCUACGCAAGGACCUCGACUGGGUCCCCCCGCCGGUGGCCGAAGCCAAGAAGAAGCAGCGGCGCAGAAAGGGCAACGACAAGCCCAGCCUGAACAAGCAGCCGAGCGGCGUGCCCGUGACGCGGCUACGGAGCUCGAGCAUGUCGAGCACGGGCUCUGCCAGCCCGCCCAGCUCGUCGCCCGAGUUCCCGCCGUCACCGACGCACAAGCUGUUUUCGCGUCGCCAGGACUACUCGUCCUUCAACGCACUUCCGCGGCACAAGAUCAACGCGUACCACAUCAAGAUGGAAGACGAAGGCGACGACAUCCGCUGCUUCAUCCUGAACACGCUCAGUGCCAACAAGACGUCUCGCAUGGCCUGCAUCGUGUGCCAGGCGCCCAUGAGCGUGUUCGACCGCUACCCGCUGGUGGACGGCACGCUCUUCCUCUCGCCGCGACAGCACAGCCCGGGCUCGGUGCGCGUCGACGAGCGGUACUUGAACGCCGUGUGCAUGGGCUGCCUCGAAGGCUGGCCGCUGGCGUGUGGCGCGUGUGGCGCGCGCUGGAGCGGCCGCCACCUCAUCCUGGGCACCAUGUACGCGUACGACAUAUUCGCGGCCACUCCGUGCUGCGACGAGCGACUGCGCUGCAGCAGCUGCCGAGAACCGUUCGAGCGGUGGCCGAGCAGCUACUUCAGCGACUACAGCCACCGCGUGUGCUGCGCGCACUGCGGCGCCAAGGACUACCACUUCGUCAAACCACUCAGCACGUUCGUCAGGCUGUGAGACACGUGAUACGCACUCAUUCUGGUCAACGGUACGUACUGCGCGCGCGCCAUUUGUAAAAUGUCCUUCACUCAUUGAGCUGCUUUUUGUAUGCUUUGUUUCUCCGGAGGGCCAAUCCUCAAUAAAAUUAUGUUUGCCA